UCCAAUCGAUUAAUACAUGCUGUGGUGGUUAUUUUUGUCACAUUCAGGGUGAUUUGGGAGAGGUUUUCUUGACGAAACUUCGCGUUUAUUUUAACGAGUUUACACACGCGUAGCGUGUUUGCAAACUUUACUGAUCUCGCGUCCACAUUCGACGUCUUUGAAACAAAACAUCCCGCAACAACAAUCGCCAAAUAGGAAAUAAGAGAUUGCAGAUAUUAUUUUCGAAGCCUAUUGUUGAUGUGUUGUUACCCAGUAGUACAUGAUGUGGCUGUACCCUUUGAAUGCUACCUUCAGGUUAUCAUGUUGAUAGGUUAACUGUUGCUGAUAUGCUGAGACAAAUAUGAAAUCAAGAUGUUUUCGGCUAAGUUAAAGACAAAUGCCAGAAAGUCAACUCACAGCGGUAAGGUCCGUCUGGGAACAUCAGCACUCCAAGACAGACACUGGCAAGAUGCAUCGAGUUACUCAUCAAGUGUUCCACAGGACGGAAGGUCAGGGGAGAAGCUGCAUUCCUCAUCAGCUAACCAAUCAAGAGACAGAACCAUCUGGGACACCAAGUUCACCGAACCAGAACCAAUUCACAGAGGAAGCUCGGAUGAUGUGAUAUGGGUGUCAACCCAAACGGCAACGACUCCUAAAUCCUUUCCAAAGCACAAUGCCAAAGUGAGUGUUUUCAGUCCAAAGGUUACAUCAGGGUCAGACCGGAACAUAUUUUCAGCGCUCGUUCCCAGCAAGAAGGCAUCUGAAAGUAGACCUUUACAUGUAACUACUCAUCAUGGGAGCAGAAUGUCACACCAGGCAAGCAGUGCUUCCAGGAGCCUUUCUACUCCUCCAGGAAGGAAAGGCAGUGAUUUUGUCUUCAAGAAGCCCACAGCACCCCCACCAGUCUCCCGCAUCCACCAGCCAGUCAGCAGUUUCAGUGACAGCAGGCAGAAAGUUUCCCCAAGUAGCCCUUCUCUCUCAGGACAUGUUAAGCAUCAGCUAGGGAACAGCGAAGUGGCUUCAGGCGGUGUUCCCACUUCAGCAAGAGCUCAUGCCGGAGGGAAGACCAAGAAACUGCAGCGCAGCACCUCCGUGCCAGGGCUUUCACAGUCUGAUGAAAUCAUUCCCAUCUUGGAAAGACAAGAAAUUUUCACUGCCAGAAGGGCCAGCACAGGAUCAGGAGAUUCCAUUGGCAGUCCUCAAAAUGUAGAAUGGCAUGGAAAAAUUAAGAUGAAGAUAAAUACAAAAGGACUUAGAAAACUUAAAGAAAUGGGAAAACUCACAGGCAAAUCCAUAAAUUCCGGUUUAGCGCUUAGGAAAACUACAGGAAAGGCCAAUUCUCUUGGAAUAGGAAAGUCUGUUGACAGUUCCCCACUUCUAGGUCGCUUACCGAGGGAAAGAAUUGGAAAGGUUGGUUCCACAGGACUUGGUGAGUCUGUCAGCCGCUCCCUAAAGAUCGGUCAAGUAAAAAGGAAAACUAAGGGCAGUUCCCAAAGUGUUGGAAAUAUUGGCGGACCGGGGGAUUUUGGAGAUCUUGGACAUUUAGAACAAUUCCGAGGACUGGGGGAUCGUAGAGGAUUUGGCGACCUUGGAGGACUUGGAGAAGUUGGAGGAUUUGGUGAGCUUGGACUUCUUGGAGGAUUUGGCGAUCUUGGUGGCAUUGGAGAACUUGGUGGGUUUGGAGAAAUGCACGGAGGCAGAGAGUUUGAAGAGUCCAGCAACAUGAUGUUGAAUGGAGUACCAAGGACAAGUAACAGUAAAGGCAGUUCCCGUACAACCAUAAGCAAACAUCAGAAAGCUGGCACAGCAUCUUCCAACCAUGAAGCCGCUUCUCCAAGUACCCGUAUAAAGCCAAUGAAUGCAUUCAGUCCUAGGCCAAUGAAGAGCAUUCUCACCAAAAGCACCAGCAAAAGAUCAGGUGCAAGAGAACCUUCUAUGCAAGCCAUGAGGAAUAAACCCGUUGUCAGCCAAUCGCCAGUCUCACAUAGCCGUCCGGUCAUUGAUCUCUGCAAGCCAGCAACUUCACGGAAGUCUGUUAGCACACGUUUCAGAUCGGCAGCAGUAAGCCCUCAUCGUCACAGUAUUAAACCCCAAGUGAGUGCCCAUCUCCAAUCCAACAGAGUUCCACCAUCUCAUGAACCUCAAUCGCCCACCCUAUCAGGGAAGGUUGACCCCAUUAAUAACAGUUCUAGACAACCACAGAAGAAGCCUGUCAAGAAUCUAUUGCAAAAAAGUGUUGCCCAUGUUCAGUCAGGGAGCAAGGAGAGAUGUUCAUCACGUGAAUUAAAAAAUACCAAUAAUGUCAAAGCAUUAUCGGGUAGCAUCCCCACACUGAAUAAAGCCAUUGUACCUCUUGAACGGCUGGAAGUGCGACUGAGCCCAGUGAAGAUUCAGAGUGGAGUCCUGUGGGAUGAGGAUGAAAUUGACGGAGUAUUGUUUUCUUCCUUCAGCACUCAGUCUGAACUUGAAUCUUACCUCAAAACUCAACCAGAGGAGACGCCAAAACAUGUGCAACAGGAUACAGGUAGUUGCCACGUGCCCUCACCACUCCGGAUAAGAAGCCCUACCGGUAACAAACCACAAAGUCUUGGAGGGAAAAGUGUACAUGACCAAAACCAGUUUAAACAGUUUGAGAAGCAACUUUUAGCUGAUAUGCGAAAAAGUGCCUGCCACGAAGUCUUGCAUCCUAAGCUUGUUCACCGUGGCCUGUCCAUCAGAAGAGACAUGAUUGGAAAUGGAAUCAAAUGCAUCAAUUUGAGAGCGUAUGGGAUUCGCUUUAAAAUCAGGACUCGGAAGGGUGCCCAUCAAUCUCGUAGGAGGGCCCAAUUGCCUGAACGCAAAAAAGUAAAACCUGCAGCAAAAUCCAAGAUCAACAGCCCAAUGAAAAAGUGUUCGGCAACGCCAAUGACAGGACUGAAGAUGAAGUUCACAAUGCAUGGAAAGGAAGAGGACAGCAAAAAAGUUACAGAAUCCAAGGCUAACCCUGAACCAACCUCUGAUAAGACUCCCGAACCACCAGCAGUGGAAGCAGAAUCAACUACACAAAUAUACACAAAAUUGCCAAUUGAAGAGAGUAUCCCUUUCAAACCCUUUGAGAAGGAAGUCAUGUCAUCCAAGUCUGCAUUUGUCAGUGACGCACUGGACAAGUACCUGGAGGAUGUGGAGAAACAGUCAUCAACCCUGGCGGGUCCUGGGCAUCCACUGCUCCAAAGUAGAGCUUCCUCGAUUACCUUCAAGAUGCCUUCCAAACAGUCCAGCUCUUUCAAGACCUUGGACAUGGCACUCAAGGAGAGGCAGAUGGCCAAAUACAAGUCCAAAAUACCAACAGUUGCAGAAACAGCACAGAAGCUUGCCAAAAGCUUGAAACAUACUUCUGAUGCGUUCAGAAUUUCAGACCCACAAUCAGCCCCAAUGGAAAAAGAAUCCCCAAGUUCAUGCAACAAGGCACUUCCAUCAGAUUCCUCUAAAACAUCAGAUGCAGUAAAGGACAAACAAGUUCCUCAGAUCCCUCAAAGUGUGCAAGGCACUAAGUUAAAUAUUUCUCCGAAACCCAAACGCAAAGAGGUUAAUCUUGAUGAAAGGAAGCGCUUAUUAGAGGAGAGGCUGGAAAGUGUCAACAAGAAAUUGAAGGAAAGCAGCGCAUUCGUGAAGAAAAGCCCAACAAAGGUUAAAUCUCAAACCAGCUGGGCUACCAAGUUGAAGAUUGUAAACAGCCGUCUGGUUCAGCAACUUAAUGCUCCCGGCAAAAAUGCACAUCUUAUCAAGUCCAAAGAAGCAAGACAGGAAACAGGAGUUAAGAUAAAGAUUGAGAAAGAUGUCGACACACAGAAUCUGUCCCUUGGCUCAGAGUGCAAACCCAGCCCUGAAGCUAAAACUGAAAAGCAUGAUGGGUCAAGAAAGGGAAAGAGCAAGGGGCCCAAACAGUUUGUGAGACUCGACCAGCAGACCACUUGUGACAAGGAGUUCUGCCGCCUGGGAUGCAUCUGCGAAAGCAUCAACCUCAACUUGCCAGUGGAACGUUUGACCAAGCAUUGUAGGAAGCUUGAGUGUAUGUUUGAGUGUGUCUGUCAGCGCAACAGUGUCCGGAUUCUGCGCAACCGUAAGAGGCCCACCAUCUUCCAGGAGAAGUCCAUGCUUUUCUAUGAUGGAGUGGGGAUGUUCAGCAACAAUAAUUCUGCUUUUGUGGAAGAGGAUACAAGCCUUCCCCAGGAAAGGGAAAAGCCAGGAAUACUCUCUUGUUUAACAUCAUGUGCACGGGCAAUGGUUUACAAGCCUAAAUCCAAGCGCCCACCAAAAGAAACUAAAGUUGACAAUCCUUCCAGCAUGUCUGACAAUCCUCAGAAAAAGCAAGAGCUGCAAAGAGCCAAUGCUACUGGAUAUGAUGUAGCACAGCCACAGCGUCUUCCAAAAGAAGUCCCAAGCAACUCCCAGUUAGCUCUAAAGACCCCUCCAUUAACUGUUGCGCAGGAGAUUGCUAAUUUAAAGAAGGGUCCGCAGCCAAGCAUCUCUGAAGCCGAAAAGACUGUUAGCUCUGUCCCCAAGGUUGGUGAUGUUGUACCCAGUGUUCUUUAUGCCCCGGUUCAGGUACCACUGUCCAACCAGCAAGGAAUGGUUCUCCUGUAUGCACCUGUCAAUACACUGCCGUACAUGGUACAGAAAGUCCCAGUAUCUGGCCUUCAUCAUCAAACAUCCAAUCAAGCAGCCAACGGAAGCAAACUUGCACAGAUACCUGUAAAUAAUGCCAAAUCGGAUGCCCAAGUUGCAAUGAGCAGCGACCCAAAUGUAGGGGACAACAAGACGAAGCCAGUUGCUGCUAUCAUUCCACCAACAUCAACAUGCCUUACUUCUUGUAGCAAAGCACCAGAUACAAGCACUCCAGUCAGCGUUUCUGAAGAUCACUCCAAAGUAGCAACUGAAACCGAGACCAGUUGCAAAGUGUGUGAAGCUUUGGAAUCUGGGGAACUCAGUGUUGUUUUUAAAGAUACCUCCCUGACAACGGUAAGCAAACAGCAUACUUGUACAAAGGAGACCCAAAGAUUGUUGAACAGUCCUACUGAUGAAGAGAAGGGAAAAGAGGUGCAGUCUACAACAGGUUGCACUGAGAGUGCCACCAAAGAUGGCCCCACUGAUAAUGCAUCCAUUGAUGAGAGAGUUAUCAGCAAAGUGCCUGAAUCAUGUGAGGAACAAACAAAUACACCUAAAGUCACAUCUCCCAAAGCACUUUCAGGAAAUGAGACAUUACCAGAAGUCAAUGAACUGGGCACUGUUAGUGAUUCACAAGAACCAGAGGAUACUGUUUCAGCCGAGCAGACCAAGAAACCUGAUGGAGAUACACUGGCUGCACUGAACCAAAACGAUGAUCCCACUUCUGCCACCAAAGUGUGUGCUGAUGAUGUAACUCCUUCAAUUGACUCUGUAAAAUCUGUCUCUACAUCAAAUGUUCAAUUGAAGGAAGUAUCCCAGGAUGCGAUGGUAGAAAUGAGUGAUGCUAAAGCGAAGAUUAGUGCUGUUAUCACCAAGAUACAAAGUCCAGUCAGAUCCCCUUCAACUAGCCCAAUUGCUGGAUCCUCAACUGACCCAAUAAACCCUGUGAAGCCCAAUGCCUACCAAACUCAGUCUGGUUCAGUGGCUCCCGGUUGUGCUGUGGCAGAUCUUAACAAGAAGCUGCAUUCUGCUGCUUUAAGCCUACCAAAAGCAGUUCGGAUUGACCCAAAGACAACUGACGUGAGCACAAGUAAGCCUGUGAAAGUCCCUGCAUUUUCGUAUACCAUGGAGAAGAAAGGAAUAGAUGAGAAGAAUCCAAAGCUUAGUAAGACACAGGUUUUUCUCCCAGGGUCAUCAAUGUCAGCCAUCAACUCAAAAUACCCAGCCUCAAGUGUUCGCUCACCUCUUCUGAUUGAAAUACAGUCGGAAUGCAACUGGGCAGGUACUAAGAAUGACAUCCUCAGUACCAUCGCCAAGCAUACAUCCAAAGUUGAUGGUGGCCCAGGUGUUAUGCGUGUUGGCAAAUUUCUUGUCGAGAUACUCAGCAAGGAAGAACAGAAAAAUGUAGCAGUUUCUUUAAAAAAGAAUACAUUCAAGGAGCAGUUGACAAGUAAAUCUCCAAUGAGUGCCACAAAGAUUGAAAAAAUAUCUCUGCCAAUUACUCAAUCUUCCACCAGUCAACCGACUUCUGUCCAGCAGACUUUCAAAAAACCAGCAAUUGGAAAACAAGUGCCAGCACUGGGUGUCCAACUGCCAGCAUUGGGAACACAAAUGCCAGCACUAGGAAAGCAAGUGCCAACACUGGGAACCCAAAUGCCAACACUGGGCACCCAACAGCCAACACUGGGAGCCCAAAUGCCAACACUAGGAAAGCAAGUGCCAACACUGGGAACCCAAAUGCUAGCACUGGGAAAGCAGGUGCCAACACUGGGAACCCAAAUGCCAACACUGGGAAACAAAGUGCCAACACUGGGUACGCAAGUGCCAUCCAAGAGUAACCCCUCAACAGAAUCCAAGAACAUUCCAAACCUGCCCAGUAAUGCCAUCAGCAGGCAGUUGAACUUUGCCAAAGCUGGCACCAUUACUGCUCCGAUGAAGCCAGGGACUGCCCCCUUGUUGACCAGCCUUCCCCCAGGAAGUAUUCUGAUCUCCGAUGGGAAGAACCCGUCUGCAUACCUGGUACCCCUGAAGGCUGUCCAGGAUACACUGAAGAGUUCAGUACCUCCUGCCAUCCAAAGUAUGACUUUGAAGCUGCCAACAACUCAGUCCACUCCAACCCUACCAAAUGGUUUGCCUGGUGCACCCAAAGUUAUGCCCAGUCUUGGACCACUUGGUUCUGGCAGUCCAAAGGGUCUCUCCACCACAAUGUCCUCUUCCAAACAACUUCCUCUAACGUGGGGUCACCUGCAGAAUUCAUUGAAACGUGUUGCUCAAGCCCCUCCAGCGUCUCAGAUUGGAAACGUCCAAAGCAAACCUUUCACAUCAUCAACAUCUUCUGCAAACUUGAAUGGUAUGAACAACACAGGCAAGUCACCACCUGAGAAUACUGCGACAGCCAGAACCCCAACUACUUUGAGUUCUUUCAUGCCAACACAUCUCGGGCAAAUCCCUCCACAGGUUAUUGCACCAGACCCUGGACCCACAAGCCUCAAUCAGCAAGUGCAUCCUUCAAAAGGUCCUGACCCUUUGAAACCAAAUGAAGCUGUUAAUCUUUCAGUGGGCACAACUGUAGGGACACCCCAGCAUCCCCCGUCAGAGGAAAGCCAACCGAAUGCAACUGCGGAGGUUCCAUGUUCAACCGACGACUCUGACGAAUUUGUCGAUGUAGAGAGUCUUGACGAAAUACAUCCUCAAAGCUUGCUGUACAUCAAACGCAAGCCUCGUCUUUUGAAACCCAAACCCAACCAGGAUCCACCGAUUGUUCCCAUUGCACUCACCUCAGAUGCUCCCCAGCCUUCGACCUCCCAUUUUGUCAUCGCCCCUAAAGACUCCCGUCGAAAGACUGAGCACAAAGUGCGCCCAUCUUUACUCGUUGAUGACCAAGAAGAGGAGGUAGAUGUCGUAUCAUGUGAGGACCAGAGCAAGGGGCACCGGAAGCUUCUGGUUGGCAAGACCCCUGUCCGAUCUACUUCUAGUAGCAGCAAGAGAAAGAGAAAGUCACCUGUCGUGCAGCAGUCCAUGAUGGCACUGGAAGAACCAGAGUUCAUCGAGUCUUACUUUGAGGUUUCGUCGGACGAUGAUAAUGGAGAUGGGGAGCCCAAGCGCCACAAGAGGGACAAACCCAACAAGGUCCUUCAUCUGAUUAAAGAACGACAGCGACGGCGGGACCAAAGUGAUCUCUUUGGAGGCCUCAAAGUCGUCUUACUGAAUGACAAGAACAGCCGGGCACCGAAGGUUGCUCUUCUUGCGAAGGCGCACAAUGAAAUCAAACGGUUGGAGUUGGAUACGUUUAGAAUAGAAAUUGAGGAAACCAAACUAAAGCAGGAGAACUUCCAAAAGCGGAGCAAGUUGGCUUCAUUGCUAGAUGUAAAUGUCCUGGACUUCCCCUCUGCCUUCACUGACCAAAAAGACCCUGACUUCGCUGAGUACAUCAAGGAAAUGAAAAACGGGAGCGAUGGGGCGGUGUCUGCAGCACAGAGCGAGACCACAUCCCAGGAUUCCGAGUCAAUCGACAUGGACUCAUCGGACGAUGAUGCUGACAAGACAGAUUCUGAGAAAGGAAUCACAAGGGAAGAGUAUGAACAAAUGCUCGGUCUUCUGUCAAAUCUGGCACCUAAGAGCAAACCAAGUGUGAGGAAAGAGGAGUUGGCAGCUGUUGUCAGUGAUGUUGGACUUACGCCUCAGGCCAUUACUGCUGAUCCCCCUUCUGCCACCAAUCUGUUGAUACCAGCCCUUCAUUCAGGCCUCCCCAUGACUGUCCCAGGGGCAAGCGCUGUUCCAAGAGUCAUUCCAAAAUCAAAACCAGCUGCAAGUCCCCAGGAGGACAGUAUUGGAGUUUCUUUGAAGGGCCCAGUCCCCGUUGCCCUCCAUGCCCUUCCCUUUGACCUUCAUAUGACUCCCCCACGGACAUCUCCAGUCCCUGAGGUAACAGUCCCUGAAGUAACAGUCCCCGAGGUAACAGUCCCCGAGGUAACAGUCCCCGAGGAAACAGUCCCCGAGGUAACAGUCCCCGAGGUAACAGUCCCCGAGGAAACAGUCCCCGAGGUAACAGUCCCCGAGGUAACAGUCCCCGAGGUAACAGUCCCCGAGGUAACAGUCCCCGAGGUAACAGUUACCGAGGUAACAGUCCCCGAGGCAAUUCAAAACGACCUUCUGAUGGAGGUCAGUUCUGGAAGUCCCCAACCCGAUUCGGGAGAGGAACUCUCAGAAAAAAUGGAAGAGGUGACAUCAGAUCCUGUUCUCAGUAGCCCAACAGAAGCCUUUCCUGUCCAAAGUUCCAGUGAAACUGGUUUGACUGAGAAUGACCCAAGGGUCAGCAGUGAUGUAUCUGAUGCUGGAUCCACGUCUCACACGGAAGACACCACAUCCCUUGGUAAUCAGACUGCCAGUGUAAAUGAAUCACAUGACAGAAGUGGAAUUGUAGACAACAGUGAGCUGGAAACUGCCACCAUUUCUACGGACCAGAAUAGCCCUGAAUUGACUGAAUGCAUCAACAGAAGCAGUGAUUCCUCUGAUUUGUCAUCAGCAGCUAUUGGCGGAGAUCCUAACGAAACUGCUGAAACUAAAACUGUCCCCCUAAAUGAAACCAGAGCUACGUCGCAAACACAUGAUGAAUGUACACGUAAUCUGGCAGAUGGUCUCAACAAAAUCCCCCAGGACAAUGAAAAAGUGAAAUCAGGUAGUGAGCAGGCCUCUGCCGCGAAUGAGAACAGGACCCUCAUUUUGAACCAGGAGAGUGAAAACGAUGAUGAGGUCAAUUUGAUAGACUUGCCAACUAGCAAUGAAGGGAAAGACUCUGAUACUGAGCCCAGUGAGAAGUCUAGUACCAAUAAAUCCUCGGGCGACAAAGAAGCCACACCCCGGAAGGAAACUCAAGCAUCACCCCAGAAGAGCAGCCCACCAAAACCAGCCAACAGCCUGGCAGCCUCUCUGCCUCCUAUCACCCCUGCCAACUCCACAAUCUCCUCAAGCCUGAGUGUAGUCUCCAUCAAAAUUAAAGGGGGCGUGGUGAACGUCACGUGUGGCAAUGGGGAGGUGAUACCCCUGGCUGUCGUCAAGGCCAGCACAGACGGUACGAUGCAAGUGGCCGUCGAGGGCGACAUUUCCUCCGAGAAGGUAGAGGAGCUCUUGUCCAAGUCGGAGGUGAUGGAGUGCCUGGAGAAAGUGGCAGACGACACCUGUGAGAAGUCGGAUUCGUGACGCUCUCUCUACAGCCUGUGUUCUUAAGGUUUAGUGAAGCAAGUUUUAUCAGGGUGUAACAUCUGAUUUAUUUUAGAUGAGGGAAUAUGGGUAAACCGGUCCAUUCAUAUAGUCUGCCCUUUCUUGGCUCUUUCGAGCCUAUUGCAUUACUGUUGCAAGCCUCCUUGUGACUUGUCUGGGUGAGUCCAAACACCAAAUUCAACACUCAAGGAAAAGUUACACACACUUUUGUUACAGUAACUUGUGCACAGACAUUUGUGGCUGAUCUAUUGCAUAUCAAAAAACAGGACUGUUAAUCAUUGACAUUUUCUGUACAGUUCAAGCUUCCUACGCAGAUUUCAUUUUGUUUGGCAAAGUUUACUGGCGGUCAAAAAUAACUUGAAGUUUUAAUUGCAUUUGUUUCCAGUUCCUUUUUUCCUUCUUUUUUUCCCCAAAGUUGUAUAAGUGGUGACUUGUUGGUAGUGUCCAACAUCUUUCUGUUUGAAAUAGAAAAAAAAACUGAAAAAUCAAAUAUAAUGCCAGUUGGUUUUGCGUGGGAAUUUUACAUUUACUAUGCAGUUCAAAUGCUUUGACUUUUGUAAAUCUUUGAUUGUUCAUAUGUGUAUAUGGAGAAGCUUUUGAUCUUGAUAGAAAUGUGUUUCAUUGUAACAUUGAUGCUGCAAGCAAUACUCUUCCCACCGAUGUUGCGGAAGAAAUUAUUUUCGCAGUACACCAACAAAAAGUUCAAAUCUUACCAGCUACUUACGUGUGAACAAAAAAUCAAAGGCACAUUUUCACUUGAUACUUUUCUUUUUUUUAUUUACCUGGCUAAAGCAAUAUUUAACAGUCAGUGGUUACAAGUAUAAAAAAAAAAAAAUUCAACCAAAAAGAUCAUAAUUUCUAGUUUUACAAAUUUUCAAAAAUUCAUUCUUCAAGUAGGAUGUACUCCAUAUUGUUGAUAUGAAAAUUGAAAGUUCUGUGAGCACACUAACGCACACUAAACAAACAGACAUGCCACUUUUCAGGUUUUAACCUGAAUUCAGGUGAUUUUUUUCCAAAAAAUGUGACAAAUUAAAAGUGCUGGAUUUGGUCUGAAACAUCCAGAAAACACAUUUUUGAAAGGGGGUAAGGGUAGUUGCAGGCUUUUUAGUAGUGUUUCAGGCUUUUUAUUGAUAUAUUGGUGGCAUCUCUAAACAAAGUGCAGGGUAAAAUGGGUGUUUGUUUUAAUAUAAAAAAAAAAAUUCAGAAACUUGAUGUUGAAUGUAAAAGUGUGGAAAGCAUAAAAUGGAUGAAAACUCAAAAAUGGAUUGCUUUAUUGUUUUGAGAAGACGUUUUAGGCAGUGGCAUUUUAGUUAUAUGAAUUAAGGUGUUAAAAAGGCUCUUUUCUCACAAAGCUACUGAUAUCUUUCUGAUAACAUGGCAGUCACAGAGCUAACCAAAAAUCACUUUUAUGUAAUGGUGUAAACGUUUUGUUCAGAAGCUGCCCUUUGUAAGCAGAGUCGCCUUGCAUUGUUUUCUUUGUCAACUUUGUAGUCUGUUCAUUUUCUGAAUGUUCAUUUUCUGUUAUGAUUUACUUGCAUUGGAUUUUAUUGGUAAUUUCUAAACUUAUUUUUCUUUAUUUGAAUUAUCUGGGGUGGUUUUGUUUUGGAAGUUGUAUUAUAAGUGAAGGAUUUGUUUUCCGUUUUCAGUAAUCAUUUGACAAAAAAUAUUCUAUAAUCAUUGGUCAGUAAAAAAAAAAAUGGUUGUGAGUUCAAGGGAAAAUGUUUAAUUCGAAGAGCCAAAAAAUCCCAUGAAUUCCGUUGCUUUAAUUUGUUGCCUUAUCAACUAAGGACCCAUAAAAAACAUUUGAAGGUAAUUUGGCGUGGAUUGUUUUACGAUUAUACUUCUAAACAUUCAUAUCUUCGUAGAAAUCGUAGCUGUUGUUUUUUUGUUGAUUAUUUUAAUUUGAAUAUUAAUUUUAAUGAUUGCUUUAAGCAAAAAUAUCAGCCCAAAAUCAAAAUACUUCUGAAUGUAAGAGGGAACACUAAUUUUGUAAUCACUAAUUUUAUUUCUUUACACAAAUUGCAUGUAUCACCAAAAAAUGUGUAUGUUUCAAAAGCUUAGUAAGAACAUUUAAGAAGCAAUUGACUAUUAUAAAACCAAGCAGGUGAAUUAACCCCGGUUAAAAAUCUAGUUUCAAGCAAGCAAGGGUUAAACCCGUUUAAUCCAGCAAGUGAACUAGUUUUAACCUAAGUUAGACUUAAUUGAGUCAGCACAACCAUUAGGAAAAGUUACAUGCAGAAGUAUUUUAACACUUGUC